UUAUAUUAGUCGCAAAGCUGGAGAAGCGGAGGAAGAGGGAGGAGUAUGUCUGCAGAAGUCCCCGAGGCAGCCUCCGCGGAGGAGCAGAAAGAAAUGGAAGAUAAAGUGACUAGCCCAGAGAAAGCUGAAGAAGCAAAAUUAAAAGCAAGGUAUCCUCAUCUGGGACAAAAGCCUGGAGGUUCCGAUUUUUUAAGGAAACGAUUGCAGAAAGGGCAAAAAUAUUUUGAUUCUGGGGAUUACAACAUGGCUAAAGCAAAAAUGAAGAACAAGCAACUUCCUACUGCAACCCCGGAUAAGACAGAGGUCACUGGUGACCACAUUCCCACUCCACAGGACCUUCCUCAACGGAAACCAUCUCUUGUUGCUAGCAAACUGGCUGGCUGAUUAAAAAGAGCUGAACUGCAUGGAUCUUCUAAUUCCCAUGAUUUCUCCUUAAUAUGUUACUCCUCUGCUUUUUAUUUCCUUUUACUCCCUAUGUCAUUUGAGAGUGAUGGCUUUGCAGAUAGAGGUAGUGUGUGCUGCUAUUGUAAGGGAAUAUACAUGUGUAGAGUUUUGAUUAGUUUAACAGUGCACUGAUGAAAAGAACAUGUUAGAGCAACAUAAAGUAAUCUACUUGAAAAUAAUUGUAUAUAUUACCUAACUCCUAGUGUAGGGCUGGAUCCAACAAGUAACAAACAAGUUUUGCAGUUUUAAUGUUGGCUUUCUUUAAUUCAUCUUAAUUAUAGCUUUGUAUGUUACUCUUAUUUAAUAUAACCUCUACUGUUGAUUUCUUCUGGAUUUUCCUUUUGGGUUUUGUAAAACAGAAGUUUAAGACCACAAGUUAGAAGAAAGGUCACAUAUUUCAAACACAAAUAAAUGGGGCUCCAAAAGAUUUGUAUCCUGUGCUUGAACUUGAAUGGCCUUAAAUCUGUUUCAGCUUUAACAAUAGAAUUUUACUCGGGCAAUAUUUGCCCAUUCCGGUGUAACUUACGUGACUCUAUUGCUUAACAGCUGCUGUUGAAGCUAGUAUUCUUAUUCAGUUCUAUAGUGUUCAGAAUACCUUCUGUCAUUGAAGAUGUGAAUGAAGUGUGCAUGUGCAUCGACUGUUGAAUUCACUUUUGUGCCAUUUUUGUAAAUACAAUAGUUUUGCACAACCUCUCACAACUGUCUGUAUUACUUUCACAUAUUGAAGAGUAGAUAAUGUGCCAACCAGAAGCACAAGAGUUCCUACAAAAAAAACUGUAUGUCAUUAGAGCUUUUGUAUAGUAAGAAUAGUUUAUAGUCUUGGGGUUAUAGAAUACCAAACUGAAAUCUUUGCUCAGACUGCCAUAGACUUAAGCUUUUUCAUUUGUUAGUAGUACCCAUGACAUUCAGUGGCCUUGUGCAAAUAUGAUAUGUUGCUUAGGCAUAUCUUUUGUCCUAUGCAGAACGUUUCAUUUUGACUUUUAUGAAAAUUACUAUUCAUAUAAUUUAUAUAAACUUUUUUAAUGUAGAAACUUUUUACUUCCACAGUCAAUUUGGGGGACACUACAAUAAAAUACUUUGCCUCUUGUGGCCCCUCGGUGGUUUUUUUUUUUUUUUUUGCUUCUUUGAUUCAAAUUGUGUUGGGCUGUGCGAUUCAGCCUGUUCAGAAACAUAAGUGUCUGUAUCUUCACUCUUGAAAUUUGCUUUGCUGAAUGCUGUAUUUUCUAACCCAAUAAUGACAUUUUCCUUAUAAUUUCUCAGUUGUUAAUUAACCACUCUUAAUCCUGUGUUAUUACUAACUUACAAUUGUUUAAAUAAAAGGAAAUUUUUAAUAAAACAAGUAUUCGAGAAGAUUGGCCCAGGAAUCUAGUCAGGAUGAGCUGAAUUUUAAGUAAUAAUAAUAUGCUAAGUGAAUUAGACUUGUGACAAUUAGAGCAAUUUACAUGAUAGGUGGAACAGAUAGUACAUAUUUAGAUAUUUUGCUUCUAUAGAUGUCAUUUUAAUAAAAUGUAAAUU